GCGGGAUGUGGGCGCUGGGGCCGCGCGCGCUGCGGGCCGGGCUGGCGCUGCUGGGCCUGGCGCUGCUGGCCCAGGGGCUGCGGAGCUGGGUCGCCUCCCGCCCCUUCGAGUUCCGGCCCGAGGAGAUCGCGGAGCUCGGCCGGAUCCAGGCGGGCUUGGAUCAUGAGCAGGCCUUCUCCAAGAUCAUCGUGGAGCUGCGGAAGAAGCACCCAGGCCACAUCCUGCCGGACGAGGACCUGCAGUGGGUGUUUGUCAACGCGGGCGGGUGGAUGGGCUCCAUGUGCCUGCUCCACGCCUCACUCACCGAAUACGUGCUGCUCUUCGGGACGGCCGUCGACACUGGGGGGCACUCGGGUCGGUACUGGGCUGACAUCUCUGACACCAUCAUCUCGGGGACCUUCAGGCAGUGGAAGGAGGGGACGACCAGAAGUGAAAUCUAUUACCCAGGGGACACCAUAGUGCACCAGUCCGGAGAGGCCACGGCUGUCCAGUGGAGCGCUGGCACCUGGAUGGUGGAGUACGGCCGUGGCUUCAUCCCCUCCACGCUCAUGUUCGCCUUGGCCGACACCAUCUUCAGCACUCAGGACUUCGGCACCCUCUUCUGCACCCUCCGGGUUUAUGCCAAAGCCUUACUCCUGGAAGCAGGUGCCUGCUUCAGCCACCUGGCCCAGUGAGACCACCCUCCCCACACACCAGCACGGCCUCACAGGAAGGGCGCCCUUUUCCCAUCCCCCACCGUCAUGCAGAUUGUACCAGAAAGGCAAUGGGCAAGAGCACCUCUGCCCCUUUCCCCACGCGGGCGUGCCAGGUAGGCUGACCCUUAGCUGUGUCGUCCGCCUGUCGCAGCGAGCACUCAGCCGGGGGAGAAACAGGCAAUAACAGAUAAUGGAGAAACCUAGAUCACUAUUUUUUUAGUAUCCAAAUGUUCCUCUAUAUUUCUGUAACGAGACUGCAGCGACGGUUGAGCUGCCACCCACGUUUGUGUGUGUCCUUGCCUUCUGUCUGCAGCUGUCUCUCGUGCUCUCUCAAAAUGGCAAAUGAAAUUUAAUAUGGAUAAAUGUAAAGUAAUGCACAUUGGAAAAAAUAACCCCAACUAUACAUACAAUAUGAUGGGGGCUAAUUUAGCUACAACUAAUCAAGAAAGCGAUCUUGGAGUCAUCAUGGAUAGUUCUCUAAAGACGUCCACGCAGUGUGCAGCGGCAGUCAAAAAAGCAAACAGGAUGUUAGGAAUCAUUCAAAAAGGGAUAGAGAAUAAGACGGAGAAUAUCUUAUUGCCCUUAUAUAAAUCCAUGGUACGCCCACAUCUUGAAUACUGCAUACAGAUGUGGUCUCAUCUCAAAAAAGAUAUACUGGCAUUAGAAAAGGCUCAGAGAAGGACAACUAAAAUGAUUAGGGGUUUGGAACGGGGUCCCAUAUGAGGAGAGUUUAAAGAGGCUAGGACUUUUCAGCUUGGAAAAGAGGAGACUAAGAGGGGAUAUGAUAGAGGUCUAUAAAAUCAUGAGUGGUGUGAAGAAGGAAAAGUUAACCUGUGGAACUCCUUGUCUGAGGAGGUUCUGAAGGCUAGGACUAUAAGAGGGUUUAAAAGAGAACUAGAUAAAUUCAUGGAGGUUAAGUCUAUUAAUGGCUAUUAGCCAGGAUGGGUAAGGAAUGGUGUCCCUAGUCUCUGUUUGUCAGAGGGUGGAGAUGGAUGGCAGGAGAGAGAUUACUUGAUCAUUACCUGUUAGGUUCACUCCCUCUGGGACACCUGGCAUUGGUCACUGUCGGUGGACAGGAUACUGGGCUGGAUGGACCUUUGGUCUGACCCAGUGUGGCCGUUCUUAUGUUCUCUGAAAACUAGGGGCCUAUGAAAAACCAAUUGUGGGGGGGGGGGGUGACAUGGAUUAUCCUGUGCAUGCACACUCUGGACAUGAGAGAAACCAUGCCCAGCAGGUGUCUGCAUAGCAUAGGGCCAAUUCACUCGUCCCCAGCUGAACCUAGAGUAACUGCAGUGGAGCAAAUGGGGGUCAGCUAGUGUGAAUCUGGUGUCUAGCCUUGGAAGUGACAUACGCAGGAUGGGUCUAACUUCCAAACGGACAGAUGCGCUCUGUAUAGAUUACGUAAAAUACCAGUGUGUAUCCUGUAAUCUGUACCUAGUCUUCUAUUUACUGUUUCUAAUAUAGAAUCUGUCUGAUUUAGAGUUCGCUCCAAUACCCAGUGUCACUAGAUGGCGUGUUCCGUUAGACGCUAGCAUCAAGUACCAUCUGCAGUAACAUGCUGCGCUACUUGUUGAAAGGCCUGUGGUUUGUGUGUGUGUAAGAGAUGUGCCCAUGCAGUCUGUGUCACCCUGCCCUUGUGUCAUGUUUUGUGUGUGUACAAUCUGCCUCCUUUGCAAGGCCCCAAUGAGGGGAGAUUAGGGAAGAAGGCCAGAGGCUGGGGCAGGGGCCCUUUCCAUGGUGCACAUUCUCCAGAGGCCUUGUUAUUGUUUGUUCCCGUGAUGGGGAGAGCCACCAUCCAUCGCCUUAACAGACAGCCUUAUUGCGGUGGCCUCCUGGGCUAUGCACGUGUCUGUACCUCCUGGUGCUGGUGCCUCAGCUGCUGGGCACUCCGUGCCCCUAAAGGGCUCUGUGUGGGCUGAGCCCCAGGGCUGGGGAGCACAUGGCAGAGCUCGAGUGGAGCCAGCCUGCCCUGUGGACUGUCUCUUGUAACCGACCUCUGAUGGUUAUGGGAAUUUGCCCCCAUAGCUGUUCCCCAGUCUGAGAUACCUCAUUCCUCUGUCCCAUGUGGCCCUGGCUCUCUCCCUAGUUAAUGUACUGACAUUUGAGAAGUGGACGUUACUGAAGACUGUGGGGCAGGAAAGCAGCUGUUCCAAACCUGUGGGCUACUUUCCCCGUAGGGCCUCACAGCUGUUACUCGUGGGGGAAUUCUGCGCCACUGCGCGCAUGGAGAAACAUGUCCCCCUGCAGACUUUUUGCUCUCCCGUGGAAAAAUGGCUUCUGUGGGGAAGCAAAGAGAAGCUGCACCAGUGCUCGCUCACCACUCCCUGGCAGUGCAGGUGUGUCUGGUCGGCCCAGAGGAAGAGGUAAGUCACUGCAGGGGGGAAGGGAAAGAGGGAGGGUCUGGUGAUGCCUUAGCUGCCCAGGGACAUGGGGGGGGGGGAGGAGGAGGAGGAAGGACAGAGACAGAGUUUCUCUCUCUCUCUCUCCCUUCCCUGGACGGAGCAGCUGGGGCUGGGUCAGGUCAAGGCCCAGACACCUCCCCUAGCUGCAGGAAGCUUAGAUCUGCAAGGGAUUUGGUGUGGGGGGGUGGGGGUGGGACUGAGUGCAGGGGGUGAGGCUCAGCGGGAUGGGAGUCCCAGAUGCAGUGGGGGGGUGAGGCUCAGCGGGGGGUUGAGUGCGGGGGCUCCAGAUGUAUGGCGGUUGAGUGGAACUCCUUGUACAGUGACCCCUCCACCCACUUCCUGACCCCAUCUCUUCUCAGCCAGGGGGGGAGGGGUCGCUGUACGGUGAGCUGCUCCCCCAUCCACCCAACCUCCAUGCAUCUGGAUCUCCCCCCGUCAAACCUCACCCCCAACACAUACCCAUACCUGGAGUCCCCCUUGUAUCUGGAACCUGCAUACCCCGAGGACCCCCCCCCCCACUGAGUGCCCCACACCCAAACCCCCAUCUUCUUAAGCCUCACCCCCUGCACUCAGUCCCACCCCCACCCCACCAAACCCCACUCCCCUGCACCCCGAUGCCCCACUGAGUCCCACCCCAGACACUCGCCCCCUGCUCAGCCCUAACCACCUUCACCUGGCCUCCCCUGCAGAGUUCCAUUGACCCGGCACCCAAAAACCCCAAAUGAGCUCCCGCACAUCCAGAUCCCCUCCCUGAACCAAGCUGCCCACACCAAGAUUGCACCAUACCCAACCUUGGUAUUCUUGAAGGAAUUUUGCACCAAAAAUUAAAAAUUCUGUGCCUACAAAUUUUAAAAUUCUGCAAAAUGCUGCACGUUUUCUUUCUCAAAAUAACACAAUAUAAGCACACCAUUUUCAAUUAUUUUAGUAAUUUAUUUCCAAAUUUUUGUCAGCAAAUAACUGAAAAUGGUGUGCUUAUAUUGUGUUAUUUAGAGAAAUAAAAUAUGCAGAAUUUUAAAUUAUUGUGUGCAGAAUUUUUUGGCACAGAAUUCCCUCAGGAGUAUUUUACAAACCUUUGGUCUCUUACUACAAAGGGGUGGCCCCUGGAAACUACAGGUCCCAGCAUGCAAUGCAAGCAAUCUAAGAUGCAGUGUUAUAUGCUGGGGCCUGCAGGUUGCCUAGGGAUGGGCUACCUGCCUGGCUACAUCUGAAACGGCUUCCCCCCUGUUAAAUUGUCCAGGGGCCAAAUGCUGGUCACUUGCUUUUGGCAGCCAAGUUUACAGCCUCUUUAGCCUUUCAGUAAUGUCAAACGAGCAUCACCACGAGAGCCAGCCGGCUCCAGAGCAUGCGUCUCGUUCCUGGUCCUUGGACAGUCAUCGCAGCUCGGUACAUGUACGGCCUGGAAUCGGUCACUCUUAUUUUUAUCAGUGUCAAGAAUAAACAUGCUCAUCUGGCUUAA